GUCGAUCCACUUAUGCUUACUGGCAAAGAGGUGUCAUUUGAUCUCGCGCUCGUAUCCAAGGUAGAACUUUCUGAUAUUAAGGACUACCUUGUGCACGCUACAAGCUUCAUAACUCACGAACAGCUGAAAGCAAGAAAAUAUCUGGAAUCACACAACUAUUUGACCAGCGGCUUUGUUCAAGAACCCCAGCUGAGAAGACACGGCGAGCACAUCAUUGUGCGCACGAAGGUAAACCACUCCCAGGCAAUUUCCACUCAGCCACUGGAGCCAUGGCUUCUUGUCAAGCAGGAUGGAAUGGUCGAAGCUGCACACUGCACGUGUAUGGCCGGUCUCGGCGAAGCCUGCUCGCACAUUGGUGCACUGCUCUUCUAUUUAGAAGCAGCUUCAAAUUUUCGUGAUGGUCAGGCUUGUACUGAUAAGGAAAAUGCAUGGCUGCCUCCGUACUCAAGUACUGUGCCUUGUGCGCCACUUGCACACAUUGACUUUGCGUCAGCUACCACCAAGAAAAGGCGGCUGGAUGGACAUCGAUCAUCAUCCUCAAAGAAACCAGCCACCACUAUUGAGAGGUCUUCACAGAACGAAUGGAAGGCCUUUCUCGACAGAAUUAAGAAGGCUGGCAAAUAUUCUGCAGUGUGUGCACUGAAAAAGGACUAUUGCGAGGAGUUCAUCCCUGUGCAAGUGAAGCACUCCACUGCUCUUCUGGGACACUUGGCAAGAGACAAGCCGUUGUCAAGGGAUGCGAUGCUGGAGGAGUGCGCAAUGUUUGCCCAGGUGUAUGUUGUAGAGCCAAAGGUAUUUAUAUGUCCAUUGAAUGAUAGCUUUAUUGAUAUAAAGUAA